CCGCGCGUCCACGUGAGCGCCACAUCAGCGCCGCUCCGCGCCCUCCCAGCCAGCCCGCCGCUCGGGGGGCAGCCGCCGGCCGCACUGCCCCUUCCCUUCCCCGCUCCUUCAGCCCCCGCUCCCCUCAGCGGCGCGGCCCGGCCCGGGGCUCAGCCGGCCCCGGCUCGGGAAGAUGCUGCAGUCGCUGGCGGGCAGCUCCUGCGUGCGGCUGGUGGAGCAGCACCGCUCCGCCUGGUGCUUCGCGCUGCUGGUGCUGGGCUACCUGCUCUACCUGGUGUUCGGCGCCGUGGUCUUCUCCUCGGUGGAGCUGCCCUACGAAGACCUGCUGCGCCAGGAGCUGGGCAAGCUGAAGCAGCGCUUCCUGGAGGAGCACGCCUGCCUCUCGGAGCAGCAGCUGGAGCAGUUCCUGGUGCGGGUGCUGGAGGCCAGCAACUACGGCGUCUCGGUGCUCAGCAACGCCUCGGGAAACUGGAACUGGGACUUCACCUCCUCCCUCUUCUUCGCCAGCACCGUCCUCUCCACCACGGGAUAUGGACACACAGUGCCUUUAUCUGAUGGGGGAAAGGCCUUCUGCAUCAUCUACUCGGUCAUCGGGAUCCCGUUCACUCUGCUGUUCCUGACGGCCGUGGUGCAGCGCAUCAUCGUGUACGUCACCCGGCGCCCCGUGCUCUACUUCCACAUCCGCUGGGGCUUCUCCAAGCAGGUCGUUGCAAUCAUCCAUGCUAUGGUCCUCGGCUUCAUCACUGUCUCCUGCUUCUUCUUAAUCCCAGCAGCAAUAUUUUCCGUCCUGGAAGAUGACUGGAAUUUUUUGGAGUCAUUUUAUUUUUGUUUCAUUUCCCUGAGCACCAUUGGUCUCGGAGACUAUGUGCCAGGAGAGGGCUACAAUCAGAAAUUCCGGGAGCUGUAUAAAAUUGGAAUUACAUGUUAUCUGUUGAUGGGCCUUAUUGCCAUGUUGGUGGUUCUUGAGACUUUCUGUGAACUCCAUGAACUCAAAAAGUUUAGGAAGUUGUUUUAUGUGAAGAAGGACAAGGAAGAGGACCAAGUGCAUAUAAUGGAACAUGACCAGCUCUCCUUCUCUUCCAUCUCAGACCAAGCAGCCUCCAUGAAGGACGAUCAGAAGGCAAAUGAGCCUUUUGUGAAUUCCCAGUCCCCAACUUCCAAUGACAGCUCUCUAAACAAUUAAUACACGGGUAGCCAUACCAGUGUUUUGGUGCAUUUAUGCUACUUACCAUAAGAAAUAGAAAGCCUCAUAUUUUUUUCUCAAAUUAUAAAAGCUGGAAGACUGUGCUACUUUAACAAGGAUUUAUCACUUCUGACAUAGAAAAGACUUCUGGGAAAAAUGUGGGAGCCACCCUGGGAAGAGGGAAUAAAUGUAAGAUGUGGCUGGGAACAUAAGGCCAUUUUGGUUGAGGGAUAAGGAUUUAGGUGUACCACAUUCAGAGAUGCCAGAGAGAAAGGCUUGCACAAGCAACUUUGUUGAACAUCUUUAGGAGACUAGGCCUUCACUGACAUCCAGCUCAUUGAGUUAAAUGCCCCAUCUUGCAACUGGUUGACAGCAGAUUUUGGGAUGUGCACUUACAAUAGUCACAGUUUUAAUCCAAUAGCUAGGAUAUUAAUCUGGAAAACAUUUUCAGAGCAGUAUCUCUAGAUCUGGUGGAGGGGGGAAUAUCUAGGUCAUCCCUCUAUUACCCAGUAACUUGUAGGUGUAAACAAUUAUUCCAGGAAGGAAAAAAUAAUACUGCAAUCCCUCAUUUGCCCAUGCCAUUUACAUCUUAAUUUCUUACUUCUUUAAAAGGGCCUCCAAUCACCAGAAAAAUGUUGUCCUGAAGAAAGUGUGCCUUGGGUCUUCCGUACUGCUUGUUUUUUGUAUGAAAUACUUUUCUGAGAGAUAGCAAAAGCAACUCAAAGCUCUGGAUGAGGUGACAUGGUAGGGAAGGAAGACAGAUGCAUUUCAGUCUUCUGAAAUGGGCAGGAGUGGGUAUUUAGCUGCAUGGAAUGGAAUGAAAACAAGUCAACAGAUGCCAUGCAUGACUGGCACAGUCAUGUGCUUGUGGCAUCCUCCUGCUAGGUGGCUGAAACCUGCUCAGCAGAAGGACUCGGUGCUGUUCCUCCCACAGUCCAGCCCAGCCUGUGCUCUGCUGAGCUGGUGGGUACACAGAGGAACAGAAACAGCAUCACCUUGAACAGAGCUCCUGUUUCUUCUUUUGCUUUUCUAACUGGUACUCGGAACACUUUGGAGGAGAAGGGAAUGUUUCAGGGCAAAGCAAUUUUUCAGUUUUUCGCAUGGCAAGAAAAAAGGAAAAAUGUCACAUUUGGUUCGGAUGGAACCGAAUUUUUUUCCCCUUGGGAAAAGUCACUAAAAAGUCAAGAUCUUGCUCAACUUCGGAAGCUGGAACCUCUUUGACUGUAACAGCAGAGGUGUUUUAGUCCAGCUACCAGUCACUGUGCUGAAUGCAGGGAUCUCAGAGUGAAUUUCAGUGAGCAUGAGACAAGAUUUAAGUGGUUGUAGUACUUUCUCUUCUGGCCUUAAGAAUCUUAUGAUAGGGGAAUCCUGAUAACACUUUGCAGUGAACAAAAGAUCUGGAGCACAAAUAGCCAUAAUAGGACAGCCUCCCACAUAGGAACAGUGUAGAGGAGAGCCUUUUACCUGCAGCGCAAGCAUGCCAGAUUGCCUGUAAUUUGGCUUUUAGUGUUUAGAGCUGAAUAAUAAUUUACUGUAAAGAAAACAAAUGCAGCGUGUCUAGAUUUAGCGCACGUGGGAAAAAUACUUGAAAGUAAAUAACCCAAAAUAUACUGUGUUUGAGCUUAAUUAUAGCUAGCAUCAAACAAUUUUUUAUAUCUUUACUGGAAAAAUUUACUUUAUGGUUAAAUCAGCUGAAAGUCUUCAAUUGAAAUUUAUAUUUGUAGAAAAUCAGAGCUAAAGGUUUUGGUUGUUUUGAGUUUUAUAGAUUAGGUGAGAGCAUAUUGUGUUUGCAUGUUCCCAGGAAAGUGGCUAUUUUUAUACUGCUUAGGUUAACACAGUUCUAUUUAUAAUGAAUGUUAACCAAUAUAUAUGUACAUAUAUACAUAAAUAUAUUUAUAUACUGUACAUAUAUCAUAAAUCACCAGAGUCUAACAGACUUAGGAAAAGCAUUUUAGAUAAUUUUUCCCCUAGUCUCCUCUUUAUACAGUCAAUAUUUGAAAACUAUGGCAUUAAAAUGACACUGACAUAAAAUUAUGAGUACUGUACUAUAAGAAACAUUUAUACUAUUUUUUUUUUCGUGGGACUUUAUUGAUUGUUUUCAGUACCUUAAAAUUCAAAAUUUCUUUUAAUUUCCAUGUAAUAUUGAGCUCUAAAGGAUAUGCACAGAUGUUAAAUGAUAUACAGAGUUACUUUUGCAGCGUGUACACAAAUGCAAAAUGUAGACACGUGAAAUGAAAGCACAGAAUUCAAAGCAGAAGCGAUAAACUAAGCAGUAUACUGUGAUUGUAGGUUAAUAUUUGUUAUUUUAAAAUUAAAUAAAAAGUCUGGCUUUUGCCUGCCUGCACUAUGAA